AUGAACGGCGGUCCCUCCGGUUUCCAUAAUGCUCCGGUAACGAAAGCCUUCGUCAUCACGAGCGCCCUCUUCACUGUCUUCUUCGGGAUCCGGGGCCGUUCUUCUAAGCUCGGUUUGUCUUACCAGGAUAUCUUUGAGAAGUUCCGGAUAUGGAAGUUGAUCAUGUCGACAUUUGCCUUCUCCUCCACACCAGAAUUGAUGUUCGGAUUGUAUUUGCUAUACUACUUCCGAGUUUUCGAGAGACAAAUUGGCUCAAACAAGUACUCGGUUUUUAUCUUGUUCUCGGGGACUGUAUCUCUACUACUAGAAGUCUUUUUGUUAUCAUUUCUUAAAGAUACCACUGCAAAUCUACUGACCUCUGGACCAUACGGCCUUAUAUUUGCUUCAUUUAUACCCUUCUACUUGGACAUUCCAGUUUCAACGAGGUUUCGUGUAUUUGGUGUCAGCUUCUCCGAUAAGUCUUUCAUAUAUCUUGCAGGAGUCCAGCUUCUACUAUCUUCUUGGAAAAGAUCCCUUUUUCCUGGAGUUUGUGGCAUAAUCGCUGGUUCCUUGUAUCGUUUGAACAUCCUCGGCAUCCGCAAGGCAAAGUUCCCCGAGUUUGUGACUUCCUUCUUUUCUCGGCUUUCUUUGCCGUCCUUUAGUAGCUCUCCUCCUUCAGCACCAAGCAGGACCAUCGUCGGGACUAUAUCACCCAACACAGGUCGCCGACCAGAGAGAUCUCAGCCAGCUCCAGUGACGUCACAGGUGGAGCCAUCUGAGGAAGCCAUAGCGACACUGGUAUCAAUGGGGUUUGACAGAAACGCUGCGAGACAGGCGCUCGUGCAUGCCAGAAAUGAUGUCAACGCCGCCACAAACAUCCUUCUUGAAGCACAAUCCCACUAA